AAGAAGAUGCAAGUAUCGUUGUAAAUAUAUUUAAACAGCUUUAAUAAGGUCAAGAUUAGACUAUGGAUGUAUUGCUUAUUGCUCAGCGUCGAAGUCUGCACUAGCAGACCUAGAUACUGUGCAGGCCCAAGCUUUAAGCGUUUGUUUAGGAGCAGUAAAAACUACCCCAGUGUGUGCAAUACAAGUGGAAGCUGGAGAAAUGCCAUUGGGGCUGCGCCGAAUUCAUUUAGUACUGGAUUAAUCUGAGGGGGCAUACCGCCCAACAAAAAAGGUGUUGCAAACAUGUUGGGAGAAGGAGAGAAUUCAUAGGGAAAGCUUUGGGUGGACAGGCAAUUAAGUAGCAAAAGGUGUAGGUGUAUUUGAUAUAGAGUUUGGAGAAACUGUUAUAUGGCCUAAUAAACCAGUAUGGGUGCUGGAGUAUCCAUACGUAGAUAUGGAACUUAAGAAGAUUAGAUGAAAUAGCAAGAUGUCUGAUAUUAUAGAUAAGUAUUAUAGGGAUUGUAAAUACAAGGACAAUAUUCAGGUAUUCACAGAUGGAUCAAAUUAGAAUCAAAUGCAACAGGAUCAGGUGUUAAUAUGUCUAGUUUCCAUGUGGAGCUUAAUAAAAGAGCGUCUGACCAUCCAAGUGUCUAUGCAGUUGAAUUAUUUGCUAUAUUGAUGGCAGUAGAGUGGACUUCAAAUAAAUGGACUCUAGGUUAGAGAACAGAAGGUGGCAGUAAUGCAACAAUCCGGAUGCCAACUGCCAUAAAACCCCAAAGAAGAAGUAGUAGUGUUGUUGUAUGUGCUUGGUGAUUUUGUCAAUUCAUCUGAAGUCCUCGUUCAGGAAAGUUAUUUUGUUCAACACUUAUUGCUACAAGCGAAGGAAAAAAAAAGUAUACAAAGAGAAACAACUCCAAGUGUAACCACUGAAGUCUACUGACAUACUUUUGGAAAAAAUCUGUUUAAGAGGAGAGUGAAGACAUGAGUGAUCCAGAGCCAUGCAGAAUAAAAAAUGAAGAUACGGAGGAACAAAGAGACUUGAUACGAGUGAAAGAAGAAAGUCAAGAACUGAGUGAUGUGGAGGAGAAACAGCUGUAUCAUAAAUUUGAUACUAUCAAGACUGGUGAAGAAUAUUUUAAUGGUUUAAAGACCGAAAAUAAUUUAUCACAAAAAAGAACUCGAAGAACAAAAGCGAAAAAAUCUUUCACCUGCUCUCACUGUGGAAAGAGUUUCACACAACCAGGAAACCUUAAAACUCACUUAGGAAUACACACUGGAGAGAAGCCUUUUAAAUGCUGUCAAUGUGGAAAAAAAUUCACACAAAAAGGAAGCCUUAAAACUCACUUAAGACUUCACAUGGGAGAGAAGCCUUUCACAUGCCAUCAGUGUGGAAAGAAUUUUACACAGAGAGGACAUCUUUAUGUUCACAUGAAAAUUCACACUGGAGACAAGCCCUUCAAGUGCCAUCAGUGUGGAAAGAGUUUUACACUUAAUGGAAAUCUUCAGCGUCACAUGAGAAUUCACACUGGAGAGAGUCCUUUCACCUGCGCUCAGUGUGGAAAGAGUUUCAAACAAGCAGGCAAUCUCACAGUUCAUCUGCGCUAUCAUACUGGAUUAAGACCAUUUAAUUGUGAUCAGUGCUGCAAGAAAUUUCCGCUGGGAUCACAGCUAAAGUUACACAUGAGAACUCAUACUAAUGAGAAGCCUCAUGUGUGUUCUUUUUGUGGAAAGAAUUUCAUAACAUCUGGAAACCUGAAAUCACAUGAGAGGGUGCAUACUGGAGAGAAGCCAUACCACUGUACUUCAUGUGAGAAGAGUUUCAGCCACUCAAAUAGUCUACAGACUCAUUUAAAAAAUAAUUGUCCAAAACGGUCAUAUGAGCAAAUUUAAUUUUAGGGCCAAUUAUUAUUACAGUUAUUAUUUAAUUAAGCACUUCAGUCUUCACUAGUCAGUUCAAUUUCAGUCAGUCUACUAGAUCUAGUGGCUGUAAUUUAUGCAGAUAAAUGUGUCAUAACUUUGUAUAAACAGUAUCUACUAGAUUUAAUAUUGUUAACAUUUGACAGAAUUACCCUUUAACAUAUCACACAAAAAAAUAGUACAAUUAAAUUGUGGUUUACUUUAUAUUUCUUUGAUAUGAAUUGAUGGAAUUCAAUUCAUUGAUUGACUUUCUUUUUUUACAACUAUUUUGGUUGGCAGAGGUCUACUAUAAAUGUUGAAUUAGGCUUCUACAAGUACUGUACUGUAAAUCUUUAUAGUUUUAUGAACUUAAAACUCACAUUGAUUUAAGGAUGCUUUUUGUCAAGGACACUCCUAAACUGAUGCAGCCUUAUUUGCUAUUGUGGGUGAAGACUGCUUUAAAAUCCUCGUUCAAAGUUAAUCAAACUUGUAAGUGUGACCGGUGUAGUCUGUGUUGUUAUUUUUUUUUUUGUAGAAAUAAUCAGACACCAGGCAGCAAUGGGAGAAUCAGCUCAACAUUUACUUUUGGAUGAAAGAAAGAAAUACAAAACAGUCUGUAUUGUACUGUGUGCUCACCCUCUACAAUCUCUCCCUUACAGGCACAUGCCAAAAGGGCAGAGAAAAGAAAGUACAAGACACAGUAGUAAUAAUAAUAAUAAUAAAACAAACAAACAACAUACCUGAUGAAAGAAAGAAAUACACAACUGUCUGUAACUGUGUACUCACCCUCUACAAUCUGUAAAAUAAAUUUGCAAUGCAGUCACCAUGUGCUCAGCCCCAAUGGCAAACAGAAAAACCCAAAAUAACCCCAAUAUUAAAAACAUAAAAAUAAUCAACCAUAUUAGUAAAAUAGAUUUAGAGGAGCUCAAAAUACACCUACUUCUCCCAUGCAGGCACAUGCCAAAAGGGAAGUGGAGGAGCCAAAAACAGGAAAUUAAAAUGACUGGUACAUUGCAGACAAAAUUAAAGGGGAAGACGCACACAUAUACACCUUGAAUACUUUGACCAGAUACACAAAUAAAAGUUUCAAUAACUUUAGGUAUUCCCAUACAACCCAAAAAUUCAGACAUGAAUCUGAACUUAACAAAGAUUCAAGUUGAACCAUAGAUUCGUUGAAACAUAGAGGUUACACACAGGUUUAAUUACCCUUCCAAACCUGAUGGUGUAACGAUCACUAGCAGCAGAAUCAGCUACUGGGUCCCGUCUAACAGGCAUACUGUUGGAAUCAGGAAUUUGAGGUAAGUGACUUGCAGUAGCACUAGCCACCGCAUCAUCAUCAGCCAUUGAAACAGCUGUCUGAGCACUAGGGAAUUCACCCAUGAAGCAGUGUGGUCAUCACCACAUGCAGCUACAAUAGAGAUGUCAGACACAGAGUCUGCAUGUGAGAAUUCUUCAGGCUCUGUCUGCUUACCAUCUAACAGCUCUAUAGACUCAUUCACCUCGGCAAUGGAUGAAGAACCGUCAAUCUGCGUUCGCUCAGUUAGUGCUCCAUCAGAUGUCAUCUCUGAAGGUACAGUGCAAACACAAGUCUCAUUGUUCUCCUGAUAAGAACUAACGACGUCUGUUUCCGGCAAAGGAAGAAAGUUUACCUGCAGAAGAUGAUUCCGAUAGACUACUUGCUUAUUACCAUCUCUUUCACGUAUCUUAUAGAUGUGCAGCGAAGGCUUUGAGGCAACAGAGUACAUUACCAGUUCCCAUCUAUCAGCAAGUUUCCAUUUCCCUCUACAACCCUUGUUGGACUCGUUAAUUGUACUGACUGGACUGGUGUUGUUCUUAGAAUUAUUUUGGGCUAAUGCCACGGCUGACUGAAGGUCACUGACCAGUGAUUCAACGUAAUCAUCAUAGUCACACACUGACUUCUCGUAAAACACUCUGGAACCUUAGGUCAACUGGUAACCUGGGCAACCUACCAAACAUCAAAUAGAAAGGGGCAAAACCUGUUGUUUCGUGCGCAGUACAGUUGUACACAAGUCAUAGUCUGUACCAACUGUGGCCACUUUUGCUUGGGUCCAGGUGGAAGCGACCUCAACAUGUUACCUUGUGUUCUAUUGAACCAUUCAGUAUCACCAUUCCCCAUCAGGUGAUAUGGUGAGGUAUGAGACUUGUCAAUGCCAGCCAAGUCAAGAAGUUCGGCAAUUAGCACACUCUCAAAGGACGCACCUUGGUCAAUGGAUAUGCUGGGGAAAUCCAUAAACACAGAAAAAGCCGUCCCACAGUUUCUUAGCAACUCUUUUUGCCAUCUGGUCUUGACACAGGAAUGCAUGUGCCAGCUUUGUGAAGUGAUCACUAAAACAUCUACUGAUCUGUUAUUUCGGUCUUCAGUGGACCAAAAAUCAAUGAAAACAAGCUCAAGUGGGGCUGUUAUUUUAAUACUCUCCAAGGCUCUGAAGUCUUGCUUAAAACACACCUGUUACAUUUCCUCACAUAAUCACGCACAUCACGCUCCAUAUCUAGCCAGAAAAACCUCUGAGGAAAUAAUGACAAAGUGCGUGGCUGCCCUUGAUGACCAGCCAGGUCAUGAACACCAAAAAGUGCCUGUUCCUUCAAGGAGUUGGGUAAAGCAAACUGAAACCUCUUCUGCUUAGUAAGCGGAUAUUUGAUUGUUCUGUACAAAAUUCCAUUAAGCACUGAAAGUUUGUCCCACUGCUUUAGAAUCCGCAACACACUUUAGUUUUCAUUUGCACGUUCACGUCUGGACGGUCUACGCUCCCUGCCUACGUAAUAAAAUACUCUGGCGAUGACAGCAUCACUGUGCUGACUCUAUUCCAGGUCUGGUCGUGAAAGCGAAUGAAACAACUUAGUGUCACCACUAACCAAUGAGCUCAGAUGCUCGGCACAUGAUAUUGCCCUAAAUUCAGUUCCUGGAUCCCACUCAUCACAUGAAGACAGAAAGGAAGACACGUCUUCAGCAGACAUUGAAGCAUUCAACCCAGUGUGUAGGGCUGGAUGUGAACUUAAUGCCUUUGGAUGGCAUGUCAGGCGAAACGUCUCUUGCACACAUCCAUCGUCCACACUGUGUACUUGCCUCAACAGUUCAGAAUAAGACUCACUGGCUCCAUAGAAAGCUUACUGGCUUCACGAAUGGAUCCCUACUGAGUGCAUCUGCAACUACAUUGAGUUUUCCAGGAAUGUACUUGAUCUUAAAAGUAUAAGGUGCAAGCUUCGAAACUCAGCGUUGCUCACAUGCAUCUAACUUGGGUUUUGUCAUAAUGUAUGUAAGCGGAUUAUUAUCCGUCCACAUGGUAAACUCAUGACCUUUAAGCCAAUAACUGAACUUGUCGCAUACUGACCAUUUCAGAGCCAAAACUUCCAGUCUGUGUGCAGGAUAUUUGGUCUGACUAUGGUUCAAAGUUUUGCUUGCGAAUGCUAUCAGUUAUGCCUUGUCCUCACUGGCAGGUACCUGCGAAAGCAUUGCACCUAAACCGUAUAAACGGAUGCUCAAAAUCUGGAUGAGCUAACACCACUUUCAAUGAGUGCUUUUUUCAAUCUGUCAAAGGCCAAAUCACAUUCUGGGGUCUAGUCUUUGGGUGUCAACUAUUGAAAAGUACCUGCUUUCUUACGACCACUAGCACCCUUCACUUCAUGUUUCUGGCCAGCUGUCAACUUGAAUAAGGGUCUAGCAGCACUAGAGCAGUUAAGAUUGAAGGAUUGGUAGUACAGCACCAUACCGAGAAACGAUCUAAUCUUUUUCUGUGAAGGUGUGAUUCUGUCUUCCUUCAUUAGGUCCUCUUUUUGAAAAGCAGCAAUGACUUUUACUUUGUCCUCAUCAGCUGAAACACCAGCACCAUCUAAUACAUGGCCUAGAAAUUUCACAGAUUUUUUCAGAAAGUGACACUUUUUAGGAGCUAACUUCAGAUUGCUUUAUCUCAGCUGGGAAAACACUAUCUCUAAGCAUUCCAAAGCCUCUCAAAUGGAGCAAAAACCAACAAGUCAUCAAGAUAGCAGAGAAGACUUAAAGUUAAGAUCACCGAAAAUGCUGAGCAUCAUACGCAUGAUGACGCAUUAUUUUUUUUUGUAGAAAUAAUCGGACACCAGGCAGGAAUGGGAGAAUCAGCUCAACAUUUACUUUUGGAUGAAAGAAAGAAAUACAAAACUGUCUGUAUCUGUGUGCUCACCCUCUACAAUCUGUAAAAUAAAUACGUGCAAUGCUUGUCACUAUGUGCUCACCUCAACAGAAAAACCCAAAAUAACCCCACAGUACAAGUAAAAACAUAUUGGUAAAAUAAUAUUAGACACAUAAAAUAAAAACAUAUGUAUAAAAAUUUAUUUUUAAAACAAAGAUGAAAUUAGAUUUAGGCACAUGCCAAAAGGGAAGAGGAGCCAAAAACAAGAAAUUAA